AUGAACUUUCCGCUUGCCGUCCCUCAGAGCGGGAUCCUUGGAAGCAGGGAUCCUCGUGACAACCGAGCUCCCGCGAUCAAUGUUGGCGAGAAUUUUGUUGUUCAAGUGGAAGAUGCGGCCAUCGAGUAUUCCAAUCGAAAGCGCUUGCGUGAUCGUGACCCCAAUAGCAUUACCGAAGAUGGAGUCAAGGCGAGUCGCCGCCGUCUUGUGGCUCUCGAGACUUUUGAGGCGCAGGCGACCCAUGGAAUUGGCAACGGAGCAGUUCUGGCGUCUGUUGCGAACUUGACGACCACUAUCAACAACUUGGCGACCACUGUCAACAACUUGGCGACCACUGUCAACAACUUGGCGACCACUGUCAACAACUCGACGAAUAGUGUUACGGCGAUGUUGCGAAACAUUCGUAUCCGGGAGCGUAACCGACACGGAGAGUGGGUUCCAGUGCUUGUUGAGCAGCCUGGGCCAAAUGCCAUGGGUGUUGCACCAGCAACAUUCCCGGCAAGCCACGCUGCUGUCUUCGCUAUGAAUGGUGCUGCAAUUGCUGCUUUGCAAAACGCCUACAAUCUCCCCGCAGGAUUUUUUGGGGGUGGUACUUUAGCUAACCGACGAGCAGCGGUAAUGAACUACAUCCGUGAGGGAUAGGAAUGGAAAUAAAACCGCAUGUGGCGACGAACAAAUGCGGGAAUGAGCUAGCUGCAUGUAGGAGAAAAGGAAACCGAGAAGAUCCUUGACGACGAAGAAGACACCAACAGUACAGGAUACUGUAUUAUCGCCAACCCUCUCCAGGUUGGUCUUCCAAAGAUUUGUGUGCUUCUCAUCACAGCGUCAUGCUGAGGAGACUGAUGCCUCCAAUCCUUUUGGCCGCUACUGCCUACCGGUGUCACUGCUACCAGUAACACUGCUGCCCUUCUCAGUAACACCAGCAGCCUGGCUGAAUGAUGACAACACCAACACAAUGGUUGACACCCUCAGUCCAUGGAUCGAUCGCUACAGCUACACUGACUUCUCUCCCUCAUUGAAUGCUUGCGGUAAACAGGAGAAAAAUCCUAGCUUGACCAACAAGAGUGGUGUCCUUUUCCCAUUGGCAUCAAUAAACAAAAAAUGAGGUCACGCCUCUACCAUACCCAUCAAAGAAAUGAAGUCGCACCUCUACUACAGGUACCUGGUACCGGCACGGCUGUUAUACUGGCACUGGUACCGGUAUCAAGCCUCAAUCAAUCCCACAGUCUCCGGUGUUGAUUCGAAAACCAUCCCUCAUCGAAUUUUAUGGACCAUGGGAUGGCAGUCAGUUCUCGGCCCAUGACAGUCAAGGUGGUGGAAUUUGAAAAACAAGAGCAAGUCGCCGGUUUUCUGCAGUAUCAGAAUAGAAGAGAAAACCAUAUCUAUGCCUUACUUUCUAUUCUCUUACUGCUGACGGCCGAAGAAAUACUAUUGUCGAGUCCCUUUCGGUCGAUCGCUACGGAUAACAAACAGGAGGAGAGGCAGUCAACCAGAGAAGGACCUCCGCUACACCACAACUUGCACGCACAAAGGAAAGCGGAUCCUCUGUUGGAUUCAUCUCACCUUGUUAUUUCCUGGUGUUUUGGUGGUGAUUCCUGUGUUGGUACCGAUUUUCCUGUAUGCACAAAUCCUCGAGCGACUAGUCGUACAUACGAUAGAUCAGGUUCAACAAGUCCGUGGAGGCAGAAAACAACCAAUAUAGAUGUACUAUGCUUUACCAUUGCCGCACGUUCCCCAUUCACUUGGUGUGGAACGGCUGUCAAGGGAAUUGCCAAUGAGCAACACGAAAGGAGAGGAACUUACAAGAACAACAAUUUCGGUCUAAUCAACGUAACGUAGUCAACGCCGACCUUGGCAAGAAAUCUGCUAACGGUAUUCUCCAGCGAGCGUCCAAAACCCGUUGUUUGAAGCAGUCCAUCAAGUUGACUGGACUUGGGGUGCUUCCAAUGACGGACAGCCAACAGCUGUCUAAUCCAGGCAACCCUUUUUGAUCCUGCGGACAAUAGCUACUACUGUACUAUAUUGCCGGCGCCAAAGCAGCCACUGGAGAGCAAGUUCCAUGAUGGAGACCUUGAUGGAGAUCGAAACAGCGAAGGACACGACAAAGAGACGAUGCUGUUACUCCUCCAACUAUGAUUGGCCCCGUCCCAGUCAAGAACAACUUUGAACGGGACAAAUCCAUGCUAGAUAUCGACAGAAACCUUCUGUGUCAGCAAACUCAGCAAAAAUUACCACAGGGCUUCUUUCGGUAUCAUUCCGAUCCAGUUGUAGCUCAGAGCCCAUCUUGAUCCUGUCGACGAAAGAAGCUUUCAUACUACAACCAAUGCAAUGCUUGUCACAGCCAAGAUCAGUGGAGGAUCCAACGAAAUGAAAGUUCGGGCCCCGUGCCAUUCUGGUACUAGUACAAACACAGUGGAAAAAUGACAAAUUUCCGGGCCUACCAUGCAUUGGACCCACUUCAGGCCAAACACUAGGAGGUCCAUAGCCAGAACACAAGCUUGCCCCGACCGUCAUCUGGACUGACUCCAGUUCCCACAACACAAUAUAUUCCUGGUCUCUGUUCAAACACCAGGUCCAUUGUUUGGACCCACUUCAGAUCCAGCCAACCCAUGAACCCACUGGACCAACUUUUCCAGAGCCUAUGCCUGGGCCCACACCAGGACCACUCCAGGUCCCAGUACUCCUGGUCGAUUCCCAGGAUAUAUGUACACCUAGUUCCACCCCUUCUUGACUAAAGCUAGGAUCCUCUCCACCUGGCCCAACACCAGGUUCAUCAUCAGUCAGGGCCAACUUCUCAACCCACUCCUGGAUCAACCGAUGGACCAACUUCAGGGCCUGCGUUGCUACGGUAACACCAGAUUCAUCACCAGGACCAACAUCUGAACCCACCUCUGGAACAAUUUUCUGGACCGAUCAUCAGACCAACCCCAGAGCCCAUCUCUGGAUUCACUCCAAAUCUCACACGAGGACCUACCGGUACUCCUAGCUAGCUAAUUCCCAGGCCCCACUUGUGAUCCCGCCUCUAGACUGGUGGUACCUAAACUACAUGUAUCUUUCCGUUCUUG